UAGAGCCUACCUAAGAGCACAGAGAGAAAACUGAUUGGCUGAUGCAGGGCGAGGAGGAUAUAUAAAAGGCCUCUGUGGAACAUCUGGGAAGGUCAGUGAUAUCACCUGUUCAGAGUCAAACCUUGGAGCUUCUCAGACGGUACAUUUUCACCAUGAGUGGGUGCCCAUUUUUAGGAAACAACUUUGGAUGUGCUUUUAAAAAAUUGUCCAUAGAAGGCAGUGAAGACGACAAAUCCCAAACCGGUGUGAAUAGAGCCAGCAAAGGAGGACUUAUCUACGGAAGCUACCUGCAUUUGGAAAAGGUUUUGAACGCACAAGAACUUCAAAGUGAAAUAAAAGGAAAUAAAAUCCAUGAUGAACAUCUUUUUAUCAUAACUCAUCAAGCUUAUGAACUCUGGUUUAAGCAAAUCCUCUGGGAAUUAGAUUCUGUCCGAGAGAUCUUUCAGAACGGCCAUGUUAGGGAUGAAAGGAACAUGCUUAAGGUUGUUACUCGAAUGCACCGAGUGGCAGUGAUCCUUAAGCUACUGGUGCAGCAAUUUUCUGUUCUGGAAACGAUGACAGCCUUGGACUUCAAUGAUUUCAGAGAGUACUUAUCUCCAGCCUCAGGCUUCCAGAGUUUGCAAUUCCGACUGUUAGAAAACAAGAUAGGUGUUCUUCAGAGUUUGAGGGUCCCUUACAACAGAAGACAUUAUCGUGAUAACUUCAGAGGAGAAGAUAAUGAACUGCUACUUAAAUCCGAGCAGGAAAAAACACUACUUCAACUAGUGGAGGCGUGGCUGGAAAGAACACCAGGUUUAGAGCCACAUGGAUUUAACUUCUGGGGAAAGCUUGAAAACAACAUUCUCAAGGGCCUGGAAGAAGAAUUCACAAGAAUUCAGGCUAAGGAAGAAUCGGAGGAAAAGGAGGAACAAAUGGCUGAAUUUCAGAAACAAAAAGAGGUGUUACUCUCCUUAUUUGAUGAGAAACGUCAUGAACAUCUCCUCAGUAAAGGUGAAAGAAGACUGUCAUACAGAGCACUUCAGGGGGCCUUGAUGAUAUAUUUUUACAGGGAAGAGCCUAGAUUCCAGGUCCCUUUUCAGUUGCUGACUUCUCUCAUGGACAUAGAUGCACUCAUGACCAAAUGGAGAUAUAACCACGUGUGCAUGGUGCACAGAAUGCUGGGCAGCAAAGCUGGCACUGGUGGGUCCUCUGGUUAUCAGUAUCUGCGCUCAACAGUCAGUGACAGGUACAAGGUAUUUGUAGAUUUAUUUAAUCUUUCAACAUAUCUGGUUCCCCGACACUGGAUACCGAAGAUGAACCCAAUUAUUCAUAAAUUCCUUUACACGGCUGAAUAUUGUGACAGCUCUUACUUCAGCAGUGAUGAAUCAGAUUAAACUCAUCUCCAAAUCUAUGAAGACAUCGAUUUCUCAGUCUGUGUUUUUUAAAAUUUUCUAUGAGUUGUCAUGAUACAUCAAGACUCCUAAUGUAAUAUAUGUAUAUAUAUAUAUAGGUAAGCAUUGUGGUGCUCUGAUUCAAUUCUGUAAAUAAUUUUAUUAACUCAUUUUUGUAAUAAUGAAUUAAAGAAAUUAAUUCAG